AUGUUUUCCCCAACCACCACGACAAUCUCCUUCGCUCUGCUGGCCCUACCGUUUUGCACGGCCUUCUGGCCGUACUACAAUCUGGCGGUUUCGGGCCAACUGAACUGCAACGGCACGGCGAUGGCCGGGGUCCAGGUAAAGCUGUUUGAGGACGAUCGAUACGCGGACGACGACCUGGGCACCGACGUAACCGAGCUGGAUGGGAAAUUUGCGAUCUCUACAAAUGAUUACGAAAUUCCGGGCCCACCAGACAACUACAUCAAAAUCGUUCAUCGUUGCACGACCAAGCCUCCGGGACCUCGGAUCUGUACCGCGACGAUCAGGCAUCCAGUGCCCGCUGCCUACACCAACGGCCAUUACGACCUUGGCACCAUGGAGUUGUGGAGGAACCCGGGCAACAAGGUCGAGGGCGGGAUCCUGUGCGACGAGUCG